AUGGUCAUGCAAAUUACGUUUCGGCUCGUCAUAUUGUGGUUUGCCCUUCAGAACGACCCAUCAACUCAAGAUGGAAGCUUCUUUGUUUUCUGGACCCUCGUUGCUCUUUUUGCGGUUACUACCUUUUUGAUGAAGUUACAUGGACACACAGCAACGGAUGGUGCAGGUGACACCUUUCACAGGCUUCAUCGUCGUGACAAUGGAUGGUACAAAGCACUCCUCCUUUUGUUUGCUGUGACGAUGACCCGUCAGAUCGCCGUCAUCUGGUCUCUGAGUUUCCAGAUUAUCACAGAGGGACUCUACACCUUUUUCUCAGUCUACUUGUUGGUCAUAUCGGUCUCGAUUUCUUCGAUGAGUUGGUCUCUGGUUGUCACUGUCAUCGUGCGGUCCAAUGGUACUGAUGCACGUGUGGUUGCGGAGAACCAGGGCCAUCAGGGCGGUCGUGCAUUCAAUCCUAAAAAAUUCCAAGCUUUCAUCGAACAAGUGCAAGGCGCUAUUAUUUAA